UUCCGUGAUUAACAUCCCGACUGAUCAUCACUAGCAUCACACCGACAACAUUAACUAACAUGGCGGCUAAGAACCCUGAUUCCCUCGUCGGCGAAGGGCCUUUUCAUGCCCGCAUGAACCCAGCCCAGCCUGCAGCAAACAAUUGGCAUAAGCCAGGGAACGAGCAGGGCAACGAUACCGUACCAGAGUACCACGCCGAGACUUUCCCGCCGGGAACUGCACCAGCAGAGAAUACAUUCCACCCCAAUCCCGACAGCAACUACACAACUGAAGCCCUAAACAUGCCUGCCCUAGACAUGCCAGGCUCGACUUCAAAGGAUGUCCACAACUCUAUUGAUAACUUGCACGGCAAGCCAUUGAUCGGCCAAGAGAACCGUGAGAUCAGAGGUGUUCAUCCUAGAAAGAGAAAGAAGGAGCGCAGUGGCCUGGAGGGUGUCGGUGCAAGCACGACUUACUCCGUGUUUGAUAAGGUGAGGGAUACGGUUGCUGAUAAGCCCAAUGUCGAAAAGGGGCAGAGGGGAUAUUCUGGGAAGCGAGAGGGCGGACUCGCUGCUGAUGGAGCAGAGUCCAUGCCGCCCGUGACAGCAGAUGAGCGGGCUGUUCGUGAAGGUCCUCAUAAAUCUACUGCUUAACAAUAAGUUGUCGGUAUUAGAACCAAAUAACAUGCUCU